AUGUAUUUUGUAAAUGAACUCUCAAUGUAUAAUUUUCUAAUAUAUUUUAAAUUCGUAUUAAAUAACAAUCUUACAAGUGACAUUAAUAAUUUAAAUCAUAUUUUAAUCUAAUUAUAUAAACAUUUUCUUUUAUUUUCAUUUUAAAUUGAUAAUUUUACAACCUUUCUCAUUCUACUUAUUUGUAUUUAAUUUCUAUCCUUAAUUGGAAAGGGAUUGUUUCAUCAAUUUAAAUAGACAACAACUAAUUCAAGCACCAUUAUCAUUCAAGAAUCACCUGUACUAUAAAUAGAUUUCUUAUAAGAGGUCUUAGUAAAUCAUCCAUAUAUAUUAAAAGGCGAAUAUGUAUUUGUGAAAUAUAAGCAAUUUCUUUUUCUUUAGUACCUAGUCAUCAACUAAAAGAGAAAAAAGUCUUAAAAUUAAUAAACUUUCGAUGAAUUCAAAAGUUUAAUUACAAGCCUUCAAAGGAGACUCAUUGAUAGUUUCCGAGAGACAGAGAUAGCAACUAAUGCACUACAAGAAAAGUCAUACAUGAAAUGA